CAUCAUCACGGCGAAGAGACAACGGAACCUACGGUCCAAGAAGAAGACGACGCCGACGACGAUGAUGGUGACGAUGCCGGUAGUGAUCCUGAUGGCGCUAGUGAGGCAGAUGAAGAUGAGAGCGAAAGUUCGGUGGCCGAACCGGUUCCGGUUGAAGGGGCUGUGUCAGGUGAAACGCAGGCAGAGAUUAGCACCUCCACCAGCACCGAAUCAACGCCAAUCGACCGAGCGGAAACGAUAGAGCCCGAUACCGACCGGGACGACGGUAGAGAAGACGAGGAAGACGCGGAUUCCGAAGAACCCGAUUACGACGGGCAAGAUGGGGAUGGUGAAGGGCGGCCUACGAAGGUACACUCGGAGCCGCCAUUGUCGGGGACGGGUUGUGGCGAAGGACUGCGACUGCACCCAACGGCGGGCACUUGCGAAGAUAUCGACGAGUGCGUGGAACAGGAGCACGGAUGCGAUUAUUGUCAAAACGCGUACGCUGGCUAUCAAUGCACUUGCCCCGCCGGUUACGAGCUGGCCGAUGACGACCGGCGCUGCGUGGAUGUGGACGAAUGUAACUCCGGUGAAGGGGACGAUGGUGGUGGCGGUGGAUCGAUCUGUUCGCACGAGUGCCACAACACGAUCGGUUCGUACGAGUGCCGGUGUCCCGGGACGUUCCACCUGAACAACGAUCGGCGGACGUGUGUCCGGGAUUUCUGCCAGGAUCUGUACGAAGACCCGGAAAAGACGCGCUGUUCCCACGAGUGCGUCGACGAGGUGGAAGGCUUCCGGUGUCGGUGCCCCGCCGGGCUCACGCUGGACGUCGGGGACCAGAAGACGUGCCACAGUUUGGAUGGGUGCGACGAGAACCAACGGAAGCGCUGCGAUCCGGGCGCGUGUCAGCGUGCUGGGGAUGGCGGUGCGGAUUAUCGGUGCGAGUGUCCGGAUGGGUACGUCCCGAGUGACCACGCCUGUCACGAUCGGGACGAGUGUCAGCUGGGUCGGCACCGCUGUAGCCACGAGUGUCACAACACACCCGGUUCGUACCGGUGCGGUUGCCCGGCCGGGUUGACACUGUCGAGCGACGGCAAGACGUGCGACGAUGUGGACGAAUGCGGACGUGAAACGAACGAACUCGAAGGGGUGUGCGGUGAGCUGGAGUGCCGGAAUACGUACGGCAGCUACAAGUGCGUCUGUCCGGAGGGUCGCGAGCUCGAUGAGUACGGUAUCUGCCGGCAGAUGGACCUUUGCCGGAAGGACAACGGAGGUUGCUCGCACAUCUGCACGUUCUACAAUCGCGAGACGUACUGCGACUGUCCGGACGAGCUGGAGCUGGCCGAGGACGGCAGGACCUGCGAAGCGGCCAAUGAGUGCGGGGUGAACAAUGGCGGGUGUUCCCAUACCUGUGAUCCAGCGGUCGAGCCGCGGUGCCAGUGUCCGGCCGGUAUGCAGCUGGCCGGUGAUGGGCGGACGUGUGAGGACGUGAAUGAGUGCCGCACCGGCAACGGAGGGUGUGAGCAGAGUUGCCUCAACUUCGAGGGCGGCUUCCGGUGCGCCUGUUUCGAUGGGUACGAGCUGGAACCGGGCGGCCGGCGUUGCAUCGAUCGGGACGAGUGUUCCAGCGUUCCUCGCGGUUGCGAUCACAACUGUCACAACACGCCCGGAUCGUUCCGCUGUACCUGUCACGCCGGCUACCGGUUGGCGGAGAACCGGCGGGGGUGUGUGGACGUGAACGAGUGCGAGGAUCGCAACGGAAACUGUUCGCAUGUCUGCAUUAACCUGCUCGGCGGUCACCAGUGUUCCUGUCCGACGGGGUUGUUCCUGCAGGCGGACGAUCGGACGUGUGACUUUGUGGACGAGUGUGAGCUCAACAAUAGCGGCUGCUCACACACCUGUCACUACGCGAACGGGGUCGUAAGCUGCUCCUGUCCGGCGGGCUUCCAGCUGGAUUCGAUGCACCGCAAGACGUGCGUCGAUGUGGACGAGUGCUCGGUGGCGAACGGGGGCUGCUCUCACGAUUGCCACAACACACCGGGGAGCUUCUGGUGCGCGUGUCCGGCGCGCCAUGAGCUGAGGCCCGAUCGGCUGCGGUGCCAGGACGUGGAUGAGUGUAUAGUGGACAAUGGGAACUGUUCGAACAUUUGCAUCAACGUGCCGGGAGGACACCGGUGUGCGUGCGAGAUCGGCUACGAGUUGGCGGCCGAUGGCCAGACCUGCGUCGAUGUGGACGAAUGCGGCGACGGAACACACGAUUGUUCGCAUGGGUGUGUGAACGUGGCGGGCGCGUAUGAGUGCGAGUGUCCGGCCGGCUUCCGAGUUGGCCGCAAUCGGUUGGCCUGUGAAGAUGUGGACGAGUGUACGGGGGAUCCCGCUCCGGACUGUGAGUAUCGGUGCGUCAACACGAUCGGCUCCUUCCGGUGCGCCUGUCCCGACGGGCAUCGGUUGGCGGCCGACAAUCGGACCUGCUCCGACGUGGAUGAGUGCAGCGAAGUGGAGGGCAGUGACGGGCGGCGUUGUACGCACGAGUGUGUGAACACGAUCGGAGGAUUCGAGUGCCGCUGCCCGCCCGGCCUGCGGCUCGACAUCGAUCAUCGAUCGUGCGUGGACAUUGACGAGUGUCGGAUCAACAGCUUCAACGGAGGCUGCUCGCACGAGUGCGAGAACACCGACGGAAGCUUCCGGUGCCGGUGCCCAGCCGGGAUGGUGUUGGGUGAGGAUCAAGCGACGUGCGAGGACAUCGACGAGUGUGCCGUGCUGAACGGAGGCUGCAGCCAACUGUGUAUUAACCGCGACGGCGGCUUCCGGUGUGGUUGCCACCCCGGCUACAGUCUGAUGGAGGUGGACAACAAAACCUGCGAGGUGUCCAAUCCUUGUGCGCUGCGUAACGGAGGAUGCCAGCAUUACUGUAGCCUGAAAGCCGGCCAACCGGUGUGCUCCUGUCGCGAGGGCUACAUGCUGAAUCGGACCGACCUGGCGAGCUGUGUCGAUCACAACGAGUGCCUCCUGGCGACCGACCACAACUGUCAGCAGCGUUGCGUAAACCUGGACGGCUCGUAUCGUUGCGAUUGUUAUGCGGGCUACGAGAAGAACGCGUUGGGGCAGUGCGCCGACAUCAACGAAUGUUUGGAGGACAACGGGGGUUGUGGGGCACGCGGACAGUGCGUCAACACGGCCGGUGGCAGCCGCUGUACCUGUCCGGUCGGGUUCAAGCUGGCGCACGAUCGGAAGAGCUGUGUCGAGCUGCAGGAUCACUGUCGUCCGUUGGAAGCGCCACGAAAUGCGGACAUCCGGUGUACCCGGUCGCGCCACAAGACGCAACUGUUUUACCGUUCGAAGUGCACCGUCACCUGCCGGAAGGGCUUUAAACUGCAUGGACCCGCCCUGCGCCACUGCAACGGAACGGGCGAGUGGGACGAAGGUGAAUCGAUCUGUGUGCCACUGGCCUGUCCUCGGUUGAGCCGACCGGCGAACGGGGUGAUACUUCCGGUCGCUUGCACCGCCGGUAAAAUCUUCUCCAACGAACGGUGCGUGCUGCACUGCAAACCCGGAUUCAAGCCGCUCGCCCGCCGGACCGCGGUUUGUAACCUAACACAGGCCUGGGUCCCGAGCGAUAACCUCCAGUGUGUGCCGUUGGCCCUGCCAAGUGCGUCCCCAGCGCCGGCGCCGGUCAGCGUGAAACCCUUCAUCCAAUGUCCACCCGACAUUCACGAGGUACUGCCACUUGGCCAACACACGAUGGCGGUGCGUAUCGAGCGCCCAAAAACGAACGUAGACUGGCACCGGGACGUGGACGCCCAUCCCGGGUGGGGCAAGCAGCUGCAGACCGAGCUGCCGGCCGGCGAGACGAUCGUGACGUUCCGGGCGCGCAGCCCGUCCUCAAACGUGAAUGACGUGUGCCGGGUGGUGAUCAAAGUUAGAGAACGCAAACCACCGACCGUGAUGCAGUGUCCGGAGUCGUUCGAGGUGCAACUGGAGCGCAACGAGCCGGCGCGUUCGGUGUUUUGGGCCGAACCAAAGUUUGAGUCCGCGUCCGAGAUCAAGCAGCUGUACAAGUCCAACACACCCGGCCAACCACUUCCGGUGGGUGUCCACUACAUCAACUACAUUGCGACCGAUGCGGACGGGCUGAGUGCGAACUGCAACUUCCGGGUCGUGGUCAAAGCUGCUCCGUUGGAGCACGAAAUGGAACCAAGACGAACCGCGGCGCCGAAGCCGGCCGAAUUGAGCCGCCUGGAGAACCACGAGUCGUUCCUUAUCUGCCCCGGCAAGGCUCCGGUGCGCCUGGAUGCCAACUAUCCCGUAAGUAGACUGCACUUUGUUUUCCACUUCAUAUGGCACGGGAUGGCAUCCGGUGCUGUUCCGGGUCGGCCGGGCCGCACCGCUCAGGCGGCUACGACACUGAGGGCCACCAGCACACAUGCACGCACACGAUUACAACAUUCAUCCCAUCCCAACCAACACCAACGCGAGCAGGGAAAACAAUUUCCGCAACACCCGGCACAGUAUCAUCAGUCGCUUAAUUAUCAUCAUCAUCAUUAUCGUCACGAACAUCAUCAUUACCGCAAUCACAACCACACUCGCGGAGCGUCCACCGCACGGCCCACC